AUGGAAGCCCUGGUCUGUGCGUUCUCUGAACUGUGCAUAAGAGAAGAUGCAGUGAGCUGGGCCCGGGGACGCCCCCGCCACCCCGACACGCCCCCCAACAUCUACGAGGGGGGACUGGGGGCCCAGCAGCAGCAGUACCCCGGUGCCCAGGGGAGCAAGCCCAAGAACUUCCGGCUGCGCCACCUCCGGGACCUAGCUCUCUACCUGCCAGCCCACAUGCAGCCCGCCGGCCAGUGUGAGGGUCACUGGCUGGGCCGGCUGCUGGCCGGGGAAUGCCUCCCACAGCCCGAGGGCAUGGCCUGGCCCCGGGACUGGCCACAGGGGACUCUAGGCCCAGGUAACAGACACUGCUCAGACCUUCUGGAAGUCCAGCUGCCCGGAGACAGCCUGGAAAAUACAGCCUCCAGCUCCAUCGUGGACCCAGCCAAGGGUGUCCCCUGCCAGCCCAAUCCCCCUGAGGUCGUGGGGCUUAGGCCCAAGAGGUCCUGGGGAGCCUUGGAGGAGUCCACGUGUCCCCUGUGCAAGAGAACCCGUUCUGGGGCCCUGGAAAGGCCGUAG